UGACAUUUGACAGAUGAUGUGGCCUGUGUUCAGUUUUGUGUAGCUAGUUUUCAGGAUUUUUUAGAAAAUAAUAAUUAAAAUGCGAAUAUGAUUGUAAUUAGAAUUAUUCUGUUAAUGUUCGCAGCUUCUCUGUCACAUUGCCUAUUGCCUGAUAAAGUAUAUUGUGUUAAUACAGAAUGUUCUUCUCCAAUAUCCAAAGCAAAGACAUUGUUAUCUUACAACAGUGCCGAUGCAGAAUUCAUGUCGUUUCCCGGUAAUGCCGAAGCUUUAGUUUAUAUGAAAUCAGCUGGAGAUAACCCAGAUAUAUGGUAUGCCAAUAUCAACGGAAAGUCCGGGUUUGUUAACUCAAAAUUUCUUCGAGAAAGUAAAGUUAUAGUAAAGGCAGCAGAAUUAUUAAAAUUGCCUCUUGAAAUCCGACGUAAACAGUCUCAAGUCCAACCAGAUAAAGUACAGCAAGUUCAUGAAGUGUUUGAAGGUACCACUAUAUAUUCUACAGAAUCAUCUCAAGCAGCCACCACUGAUCCUACAAAUGAUUUUACCACUGAGGCAUCAAUUUUAAGCACAAUUCAAGGACCUGAUGUUGGUAUACCAAUUACAAAUGAACAAUCAGAAAUUGUGCAACAAGCAAGUGAACAGUUAAAUGAGAAAAUAACUCAAUCAGUCGAAAUAAUUGAUGACUCAAUACAAACAAGUAAGGAAAAAGAAAAUCUGAUAACCCCAAGUGAAAAAACUGUACAAGAACAUUUAAGCAAUAACAUAGAGACUGGUAAUGCUAACUUUGCAAAUUUGGUGAAAGAUAUGCCUUUACAAAAUAUUUCAGAAGAGCCAUGGCAUCCACCUGCCAUUUUCCCUGCUAAACAAAAUGCAGAUAAUAGUGCACCUGAAAAUGUUAUCUCAAAUGAUUCUGUACCUUCAAAUUUAGAAGUUGAACUAAAUACCUUGAAAUCAAAUUUGAACAAUGUUGAAAAACAGUUACCUCUAAAUGGUUCCAGUGAGGUAAAAGAUGUACCUGACAUUGAUAGUAAUAUUCAAAAUCCCUUGAAUACAAUUAAGGACCUAAAUAAUGUGCCUGACAAUAUUCAGGAUAGUGUUAAAAAUGACAAUGAUGAAAAUGUCAUAGGUGUGAAUACUGACCAAAAUUCUGUGGCAAAUAUAACACCAACAAUUUUUUCAACUGAAAAAAGUGAUGUUGUGUCAUCAAUUCCUGAAACCUCAGCUGUAAUUCCUAAUGACAAUUCUAAUAUUGUUGAAAAUAAUGUUCAACCAACCAUGGAAAUGGUGCAAGAGACUGUUCAAAACACAAAUAAUGAAAUAGAGAGCAAACUUCUGUCAUCAUCAGAAAAAACUCCUCCAGGUUUGACUGAACAAAUUCCAGAACACUUUUCGUCAGAACUUCUUCAUUCUUCAGAAAAUAACGUCAGAAGUGAAAUCCUUCAGGAACUAGAUAAAAUUCAGACACCUCUAGAGAUUCCAGGAUCUGAAAUUCCUCCAAACCUAUCACACCAGGAUAUCCCAAAUAUGGAAGAAAUUUUAAAUAACUUUAAUUCAGGUGAUGAUCAAAUUAAAUCCACAACUAAACUACCUUCAGUCAUCCCAGCAUACUUUCCAUCGGAAGAUUCGAAUUUGAACGAAGUUUCUGAUAUAAGUACAGAAUCGCCGAAUAAUGAUAUUAAUUUUGAUUCAACUGUUGCACCAGUUUAUGAAUACACAAGUCAAGAAUCUAGUACCGAAGAUUAUAGUUCUAGUCAAUUGCCUAAACAAGGUGACAGUAUGCCACCAUCCUCAGUCCUAUUUGAUGAUGUUGCUGUAACAGACAUGCCGAGCCCAACCACAGAAGCUCCUGUUUCAGAAGAUAGCUCAGGUGGUAUUUUAUCUGGAAUAUAUUCUACUAUAGCUGACUUUUUACCAUCAUCUAGUGAGGCUCCACCUGUUGAUGAUAUUUAUAAUUCAGAAGCAUAUCAAAAUGUAGUAACAGAUCAGUCUGAAAAUGAUGGAGGAUUCUCUUUACUCAGUUAUAUAAUAUCUACAUUUAAUUCUGUUAUGGGAACUAGUGAAGAAACUAAAGCAAUAUUUGCUUCUGUAGGAGAAACCUGUUUUAGUAAUGAAUAUUGUGAUGGGAUGCCUGAACGUAAUAACAGACUGCUUACUUUCCUUCUUACCACUGCUGCGUCAGUGCUCCUCUUCACUCUUGGCUAUUACUACAUUGACAGCAGAAAACAAGAUGGUCGACUCAUUGGUACAAUAAAUUCACUGCAAAGGGACUUGCUUUUCACUACAAAGGAGAGUGAGAUCCUUAAGGAGGAGCUUACUGCUACAAAGACCAAACUGGCUGGCAUUGAAGACAGCUCUUUUGGAAUGGACGAUAUGGUGCAGUCAUUGAGAGAAGAAAUUAAUGAAUUGAAAGCCCAAAAUAACAGGCUGAGGGUUUCUUUGGAUGACAACGAGAAACUACUCAGGGUGUCAGAGAAUACUGCAGGGGAACUCCAAAACACACUGAGCGAAGUUGAGAAUACUCUCAGUGAGCUCUUGGGAGAGAGAGCUACAUCAGAAGAGCAUAUUAAUGAAUUAAAUGCUAAGAUCCAAGCAUUUGAAGAGGAAUUGAUCUCAGUGAGCCGGGAUAGAGACAAUUUCCAGUUGAAGUACGUGUCAGCUGAGUCGGCUCUGGACAAGUUCAAGAAGCAGAAGAAACAGAUGGAUGACGUCACACAGAAGUUGACAGAAGCCUACAAUACCAUUGAACUGCAGAAGCAUGAGAUAACAGCUUUGAAGGAUGUCAUCAAAGAACUAAAGGGGGGGAUGCCGUCUAAUAUGGAUGUCACAUCGCUGAUCGACCACACUGAAAUCAAGGCCAAGCUAUCUAAAGCGUUAGAGGAGAAACAAAAGUAUGAGGGGAAGUACCAGGUUGAACUGAAAGAACGCACCCGUUUGUCAGAAGAAUUGAAGGCUGCUCAAGAGUCACUAGUGAUCAAUAGUCAACAGGCCACGGAGGCGCAAACCCGCCUCGAAGUCCUCGGGAAAUACUUCCAGGAGCGGGAAAAUGAGCUUGUCAAGGAACUCGGUGCCAAAGAGUCGUUGUGGUUGAGUAAACAAGGUGAAUCAGCCAGUACUGUAGAGAAGAUUGAAACAUUGCAGCAAGAAGUGCAGAGAUACAAGGAGAAAUGCGAUGCUCUGACAUUAGAGUUGGCCGAACAAGAGUCUAGCCGCCGCAGCGCCGUCAGCGAGAUCGAGAGCCGCGCGCACGCGGCGUGGCUCGAGGCGCGCGCGGCGCGGCGCGAGGCGGACGCGGCCCGCGACGAGGCCGCGGCCUUGAGGCGGAAACUGGCCUCGGUCGGCCCUGAGACCGCCUCCUCCCCCUUGCACAAAGUUCCAUCUCCGCUGGAGCCGGGCGCGGUGCCCCCGCCGUUGCCGCUGUCGUUCCUGCCGCCGCCGCUGCUGCCGCCCCUGCCGCGCCCCCCGCCGCUCGGCCGCCUGCCCUCCCCCCGCCCGCUCAGAUACGACCGGCGUUACUCGCCGGAAAGCCGCUACUCGCCCGAAAGCCGGUACUCGCCCGAGAGCCGUUACUCGCCUGAGAGACGGUACUCGCCCGAAACAGUGCGGUACUCGCCUGAAAGUCGCUACUCGCCCAGAUCUCGCCGCUCGCCAUACUCGCCGCACUCCAGACGAAGGUACGAGGAGGGCAGAGGGUCGCGGGCGCGCAAGCCGCCGCCCGACACCGAGACCGAGUACAACUCCGACAGCCCCUCGCGGGGGCCGCGCCGGCGGCGGCCCUACUCCAGGCAUUCAGGCCCUAGUUCAGGUUCUGGCUGUUCAUCGGAAUCGGACAAGUGAACGUCUAAAUUAUUUUAAUAGAAGAAUAAAUUGUUAGGCAGUUGCAAUGAAAAAUCGUGUUUUAUGUAUCGAUGCCAAAUUAAUUGGUCUAAGGGAGCUUUUUCGGCAAUUAUGAGGACCUCGAGCAACUAUAAAUUGUCGAUCUAAGAAAUGCUUUAUAAAGUGACAUUGUUUAUUUGUGGUAAAUAUAUUUGGUAUAACACAUGACUCAUAGCUGUUAAGAACACAUGUUAUAUACUCGAUACUUUCCAUAAUUAUUUACAUAAAUAAGUUUAUAAAUAUGUUUAUAUACCACCUGUACUUUACCGCCGCUUAAACUUAAUUUUAAGGCAAAAUCCAACGAAAUGCCCUUACACAGAAUAUUGUAAAGCAAGUAGACGUUGCUUUUUGGCAUUUAAAGUUGCUCGAGGAGUAGGUAAAUGUAUUUAUAAAACUGACUGGAACAAUGUAUUGUAUCAUUUAGGGCCAACAUAGAACACAAUUAUAGCGUUUAAACUAAAUAUUGCACCCUCGGACUUAAUAGGGCGUACCACCGUUUGGUGGUAAAAAUAUUAGGCAACAUUGAACAUUACAACAAAUAUUAUUUGUUUAUAGCAACACUGAACGUGAUACGCCCUCUUACUACCGAAUCUACUUUUUAAUGUACUGUCUUUAUAAACCUGGUAAUAAUAACAGGAGUGUACUUAAUCACUUGAGAAACAUGUCUGCUUAUUACAAUAUAAUCACACGGGAAUUUAACAAUCUUUUAAAGUUGAAUAACGUUGGAAAUGAAUCCUGAAAGCUAAGCACUCCUUUUUUGAGCAGUAGUGUAAAAUGAGUUCAUUAUAAAGGCUACACAAGAAACGAUACGAAAAACGAAACUAUCGACAUUUGCUUUUAAAAAUUAUAGAGAAGAUAUAGCUACAACUACUACUAUAUUUGAACAUGUCGUGUCUUGUUUAUGAUGGUAGACAGCGUCUAUAAUAUCCUAAACAAUAAUUUCCAACCAGACUAAAGUUUAAGUAAAUCAGUGGUAAAUUUUCUAGCUCAUCAUAGUAACUUCAUCACAAAAACUUUAUCAUUUAAAAUCUAUUUCUUCAAAUAUCCAAACCAAUUAAGACUAGGAUAAGUAAAACAGCUUUAAUAUUGCUUAAAAGAUAAAAAAAAAAUGGUAUUGAUGAGUUAUAUGCCUUCUUGAUUGGCACGGAUAUUAAAUUGUUUCAUGUUUGUAUCUCGUCUGGGUGGACUAUUGGAAUUCAAAUCUGUAGUAAAAGUGCUUGCAAUUACAGCUCUAUGUUUUCGUGUCAAAGUAAUAUUAGGCGAAGAAAUCUUAAUUAUUUGGUAUGACACACAUAAAAUGCACCAUUUAUUUUUUUUAAUUUAUUCUGUGAAGUCUUGUAAGGCAAUCUGUAUAUUUAUUUUAUUUUCAUUAAGUUAGUAUUUUGAAUGAAAUAGUUUAUUUUUAUAAUUCUCAUUGAUUUUGUGUCCUUAAGUCUAUCUAGGUAUAAUGUCGGUAAUGUACGUGCGAGUAAAUAAAAAAAUAAUAUACGGAAUUUAUGUAUUUAUUGAAAUAAGUAACAUCUACGUUUAUUUGUGCUCGUCAUAUUUUGGCGAAUACGCAAUCAGCCCACCAAAAAUAAUUAGAUGGCAAGUACAUUUUUUUUUAUCAAUUGUCUUGUAACCCGUCUUCACUGCCUAGUAUGAAAUAAAAUAUUAACAUUUUUUCCUCAUUAAACUAGUUAUAUUAACUAAAUUUCGUUCCAAUAAGAAAAGUCUGACAAUCUUCUAAAUUGCAUCAUUAUAUAAAUUCUUUGCCAGUUUUUCUAAUGGCACGUCGUUUUACGUAGUAGUAGCUAUAACAAUGUAUUCCACAUAACCACAAGCCAUUAUUUGCAAAUACUUUUCAAAUAGUCUUUGUAUAACCAAAGACAAAAUUAUGUUCCUAAGUUUUUUUAUUUUUGGUACCUGAGUUGUUCAUGUAAAAUUAACCUUCCCAUAACUCUGAAUAAGAGUAUCAAUACGAGUAAUAAUCUAAUGAAUCCAUAAUUAAUAUAGUUCUUACAAAGCUCCUGAUCUGUUUUAUUUUCUGUGAACGCAUUGAUUGUGUGUCUAACUUAUUUAAUAUUGUUAAUAGUCAGUACGUAGACCGAUAUUGGAGAUUCUAGAACAGCGUUAAACUGUUACAGAAUUCUCAUAUUAAAAUACUAAUGUAAUAUAUUAGAUAUGAUUUUAAUAAAUAAUUUUAUCUAUUCUCAA